CAGGUUUAGCGCAUCUCAAGCAGUCGCCCUCAAAUCAAAUUAACUCCGAAAUGUUUUUCAAAUUCGCACUCACCUUCGCCGCCCUCCUCGCCGUUGCCAAYGCCGGGGCCAUACUCUCCCACGUAGCGGUCGCGCCCGUUGCUGUAGCCAAGAUUGCUAAUCCCUCUGUGGAUGCGGUGGCUACGACCCAUCAAAAUGUCGUGCGCUCCUUCGCCGGCACCGGCUCCCAUCACUCCAAGGCUGUGGAUACACCCUACUCCAGCGUACGCCRAUCGGAUACACGCAUCAACAACAAAGUCUACGCACCAGCUAUCGCCAAGACCGUGACCACAUAUGCUGCUCCAGCUGUGGCCCCCGUCGUUUCUGCUUACACUGCAGCCGCCGCUGCUCCGUUGGUCAGCAAAACCAUCCUGUCGCCCGUCGCUAAGGUCGCUCCAGUUGUGUACUCUCAUGCUGCUCCAGUCGCCACUUACGGACAUGUCGCUGCUGCUCCAGCUAUUGCUUACUCGCCAGCUGCUGCUGUCGCUCAUGUUGCCUUCGACGGUUUCGGCACACACUGGGGUUAUUAAUCAGUUGUUUUUACAUGU